AUGCCACGGCAAUAUUCCUCAAAACAGACCCUGGUGACAUCUGCACCGACGCGACAGUUCAGCACACCAACAACAACCCACCUACGCUCCAACGAAUCUGUUGCCGAAUGUAACAUAAACCGCGAAACAACAACCACAAUAAUCAACUCGUCUGUCUUCUCGCCAGACUCCACCUUGCUGUCCAACAACGAUGGUGAAUGCCCACAGCAGCAGCAGCAGCAAAGUAGUCAGCACGAAUCGCAACAAGAUGUGCAAAAAACUGGAAGCUACUUGAAGGAUCAGAUCAUAUCGUUCUUCCAAGUUUCAGAUAACAAACUGGCACUGAAGUUGUUUGGCAAUCGAAAUGCGCUAAUGAAAGAGAAGAUGCGACAGAAAGCAGUUGGUAAUUGGAUCAUCCAUCCUUGCAGCAGCUUCAGAUUCUACUGGGACCUUUUCAUGUUGACGUUGUUGUUGGCCAAUCUCAUCAUCCUGCCCGUCAUCAUCUCCUUCUUCGGCGAUGACCUCAAAACGCACUGGAUCGUCUUCAACAGCGUCUCCGAUACAGUCUUUCUAACUGAUCUACUCUUCAACUUCCGUACUGGAAUCAUCGCCGACAAUUACGCCGACGAGGUGAUACUGGAGCCACGAUUGAUCGCCAAGCACUACCUCAAAACCUUCUUCUUGCUGGACCUCAUCAGCUCACUCCCCCUCGACUACAUCAUCAUCCUCCUCACCCCGGACACAAACACCACACAGUUCUAUCACGCAGGUUGGGCACUGCGGAUGGUGCGUCUGGUCAAGUUGCUGAGUCUUCUGCGGCUGUUAAGGCUGUCACGUCUCGUCAGAUAUGUCAGUCAGUGGGAGGAGUUCUUGAAACAGUUUUUAACAGUGGCCGAGAAGUUCAUGCGAAUCUUCAACUUGGUCAGUCUGAUGCUGCUGAUUGGUCACUGGAACGGAUGUCUUCAAUGGUUGGUGCCCAUGCUCCAGGACUUUCCUUCCGACAGUUGGGCUGCCCUUGAAGAACUUCAGAACGCUGACUGGUCGGAGCAGUACACAUGGGCUCUCUUCAAAGCCCUUUCCCACAUGUUGUGCAUCGGGUAUGGCAGGUACCCACCCCAAUCUACCACCGACGUCUGGCUCACCAUGGUGAGCAUGUUGACGGGGGCCACGUGUUACGCCAUGUUUGUCGGCCACGCCACUACCCUCAUUCAAUCCUUCGACACAUCCAAGAGAAUGUACAGAGAAAAGUUCAAACAAGUGGAAGAGUACAUGGCCUACAGGAAGCUGCCUCGGAACUUACGACAACGCAUCACGUACUACUACGAACAUCGUUACCAAGGAAAGAUGUUCGACGAAAAGAACAUUCUAGCAGAACUUAACGAGUGCCUAAAAGAAGAAAUAAUCAACUACAACUGCAGAGCCCUGGUCGCCUCUGUGCCCUUCUUCACGCAUGCUGAUGUCAACUUUGUGUCAGAGGUCAUCACCAAGCUGGAGUUUGAAGUCUUCCAACCGGGAGACUUCAUCAUCAAAGAAGGAACAAUGGGAACGAAGAUGUACUUCAUACAAGAGGGCGUUGUUGACAUCAUCACCAAGGAAGGUCAGAUUGCUACCAGCCUCUCCGAUGGCUCCUACUUUGGAGAAAUUUGUCUCCUGGCGAACACGAAGCGUGUUGCAAGUGUCAGGGCGGAAACAUAUUGCAACCUUUUCUCACUGAGCUCCACGCAUUUCAACUCUGUCCUGGAACAUUAUCCUGUCAUGCGGAGCACCAUGGAGUCCGUGGCAGCCCAGCGGCUGAACAAGAUUGGGAGGGAUCCGUACAUAUUUCUGCGCAGGAAACAAGAGUCCGAUGGAACAGGAUUCGAUGUUGGAAGAUUUUAUUUAAAAUUUCAACAACGUUUCCUCUACAUUACAAUAGGAAAUAAAAUUGCAAUAUUGUGUUUAUUAUGUCCAUGCUAUGUCAGAAUGAAAAAAUUAUAA